GUUGCUGUAUUUACCUCCAUGUUAAGAUAACUGUUUCCUGGUUAGAAUAUAUCAGGGAUGCAGGUGCUCAUUUGAGGAGUGGAUACAUCUAGAGAUUGCAACGCAAGUGACUGCUUAAGGAAAUUACCGUCCAUUUGAGAAAUAAAUAUGGGGAAAUCAAUCACUGUGCUUCACUGGGUUCUGCUCACACUGGGACUAGUUGCGGCUCAAGUAGAUAAGGUGGAGCGUGCUUUGCCAAACUGGCUUACAGGAAUCAUCGCUGUUUCCAUCUUCCUCUUUCUUCUCUUCAUCACCUUCCUCGUAAACAAAGCCUGGUGUGAAACUCCAAGCGAACCAGAAGCAGUGAUACCUAAUGAAUACGCCAUGACUAAUGGAUCGCCCACCAACGAGACAAGUCUUGAUGCAGUCAGGAGCAGUGAGUGCACUGAAGCGUACGAGAAUGUCAUCGUUCACCAAACUGAUGAAAAAGUAACUGUAAUGUAAUUGAGGAAAUAUCUACACUACAAUCAGCACCCUAUGAACCGUGUUUGCUGCUGUUACCUGUUGAAAAUAUUUUGCUGACAUAGCCUAACUUGUACCAAAGGUUAGCACUGUUUUUGUUUUGUAGACUAACUGCAACUUUAAACAUUAACUGUAGUUAAUUCUAGAAAUAAUUUGUUGUACUUCUGCAUAUUCAUGUAAAAUUCAGAAAUGUGUUUUCUAAGUCUCUUUAUAAUAAAAAUCAAUAUAAGCUAAU